AUGGACACGAGACCGUCCGACGAGAACACGCCCCUGCUACCGACCGCCGCGCUCGCGCAAAAUCUCUCCGCCGACGGCCGUCCGCGAGGGCCCCGAACAGUCACCUUCAGCGCCGACCCUGUGACGAGGACAUUUGAGCCCGACUCGCAGCUCGCCCACUCUGACCGAACUCAACAUGCCGCGCCCGUCAGCGCCAGCGGUCAUGCGCUCGCGGGAAGCGGUGCCCUUGCCAGCGGCUCCAGUAUCGGCGCUGCAGGGCCUCCCGUACUUGCCGCACUGAACAGCAAGCUCCGUCGUCGCAACAGCCACAGCGCCGUCCCGAGCGCCCUCCAUCCCGUCGGCGCCAAGAUCGGGCCGCAGCGGAGCACCAAGAAGACGGAGAAGUUGAAGCUGCUGCCCAACCCGGACAUCGAGGAUGGCGAGGACGAGGAGAGUGGCCGCGACGUCUACUCGCAGUACACGCGCAUCAAGGACCCCACGGCCAGGAGAGACGCCGCCCGCCUCGGCAAGGGGGAUCGCACCCGCCUACCCCGCGUCACAGCCUACUGCACCGCGAACCGGUACGAGAUGGAAAGCCUCAUGCGCUUCCUCAAGGGCCGCGGAAAGACGCGCGGCGCCAACCCCAAGCUCAUCGACGAGUGCAUCUACACCCCCUACGCCUAUGGCGCGGCCAAGAGGGACAACCCCGUGCGGAACUAUGAGCGGCGGCACUCGACCGGCGGCGAGACCUUUGAAGCGGAGGAGGUGCGCACGAGCCUACAGCAGGAUGCCCGGCACGAUUCGGGCUACGGCGAUGAGUUCUCGGGCGGCGGCAACGACGCCGACGUCGGCCAGCUCAACAGCGACGAGCUACUGGGCCCCAGUGUCACCGAUGACAUGCCCGUUGCCGAAGGCAUCCCCGACUUUGACACCCAAGUGCACACCCCCGAGGUAUUUCUCUUCGACUACGGCGUCGUCGUUAUUUGGGGCAUGACGGAGGCGCAAGAGGCACGUUUUCUGAAGGACAUCGCCAAGUUCGAGCUCGAGAAACUGGCGCCCGACGAUGUCGAGACGGAACACUUCAACUUUUACUACACACGCGAGUACCAAGCGCGGAUAUACAACGACUUCAUCACGCUGCGUGAUAGGAACAACUACAUGACGAAGCUGGCUAUAUCCCACGCCCUCGCGCAGAGCGUCAAGACGUCGUUAUUCGAAGAGCUUAUUGCGUCGACCAUUGAUACGUGCAAGGACAUUCCGACGCAGAUUGCGCUCACGGGCAAAAUCGACCUCAGCCGCUCGCAGAUCAACAUGCAGAUUGGCGAGCUCUUCAUCCUCCGCAUUAACAUUCACCUUAACGGCUCCGUGCUCGACACGCCUGAGCUUUUCUGGGUCGAGCCGCAGCUGGAGCCGGUCUACCAAGCCGUGCGCAGCUAUCUCGAGAUGGACCAGCGCGUGGGCUUGUUGACGGAGCGACUGGACGUAAUUGCGGAUCUGUUGGCCGUGCUCAAAGACCAGCUGAGCCACGGUCACGGGGAGAAGCUGGAGUGGAUCGUGAUUGUGCUGAUUGCCAUGGAGAUUGUGGUGGCUGCCGUCAAUAUUGUGGUGGAUCUCUAUGCGGGCGAAGGUUAA